AUGAAUAAGGACUAUAAUCAUCAAGUGUUGAAGACAAUCAAUGAAAAAAAAUCAUCAGAUCAACCAGUAGAGGAAAAGAAACGACGUAAGAAAUGUCAUGGUAAUCGAAAAGUACAACGAUUUCGUAAGAAAUGUCGUGCUCGAGGAAUGAAACCACAUAACAUUGAAAGGAAAAUCAAGAAGAGAUUUGGUGAUUUUCGUACAAAUCAACCAACAUCCAUCAUCAAUAAAAAUGAUUCAAUCGACCAUCGUCCUAAAACAAUCAUAACAUUGAAUCAGAGCAUUAAAAAGACUUCUAUCAAACGGAAACGAGAACCCGUUCGAUCAUUGAGUCAAUUUUCAAUUUCACAACCAGAACCAAAGAAAGUAAAAAAGAAACAAAACUUGAUUCAGACAUCAGUGCCGCACCUCGAUAAGGUGUAUCGAGUAGCAUCUUACUUGAAACGAAUACCAAGGCUAUUGAUUCAAACACUAGGUCGACAACUGGAUCAUCCAAUUAAGACUAAAUCGGAACAUAAAUUUAUUUAUUCACGAUUAAAACUAUUAGAUCAACAAUUUUGUUUGAAUAUACAUCAAUCUCUUUGGCAAUCUUAUUUUGAUCUUGGCUAUGAACGACAUCAAUGGCCAGAUUAUUUCUAUAAGAUAACAAAAACGAAUGAACUUCCGUUAUGUGAAAAAUUCGUACAAGACUAUUUGACUCAUAUACAACAGCAAUUAGAACAAUGUACCACACAGUUAAAUUUACAAGCAACAACUUGUCCUGAAACUUUGACGAUGACUCUUCUUGAUCAUCAUUUAAAAGAAUAUAUCAGUUCACAACAAAAACGAUUCACUCGUAAAAUUUAUCAUCAGCUAAAACGAUUCAAAGAUGCAAUACAUAAAAAACGACUUCAUCACAUUUUAUUCGACAAUAAUCUGACAAGUGAUCAGAAGGAAGCAAUCAAUCGUCUUAUUCAUCUACGAGAAACAGAAUUACAAAUACGAAAAGAAUUGUUACUGUUAGAACAACGAAUUCUAUCAAAACUAUUGCCUGUUAAUUUUGAUCAAUUAGAUACUCUGAUUGCAUCUGAUUUCUAUACACCAGCUCUUGAAGACCAAUAUUCCCUCAAUUACAAACUAAAACGUUCAAAAAUCUUACAAGAAACGAAACGAACUUGGCUCGAUAUACUGAUGGAAUCUUACGAUGUCAGGAUGAAAGAAUGUAAUCGGCUAUAUCAAGAAUUGUUAACACAAUUAGAGUUAGACAUUUCCAAUCAUCAAGAUCAUCAUCACGAUGUACGUGUACUAUGUCGUACUGUUCAAGCUUAUAUAAAACAUCGAACAAUUCAAAUCAAGAAAGAUACAUUUCAAGAAAUGGCUAGUUUUCAUGGGAAACUGACUCGGCGUCGUCAACGUUCUAAAAAAGCGAAGCAAACAAUUGGCGUGUCUCCCGAAGUGAUACUCAAUGUGAAUGAUCAUUCGUUGGCUAUGAUUGGACAUGAAUAUCUUUCACGACAUGGAAAUUAUAUUCGACCGAAUCGUACUGCUCUUCGUUCAUAUAAAGAACGAGUAAAAAUAGUUCAAGAGCAACAUGAGAUCAUGAUAAAUCAAACAAAAUUACGGCUAACGGAAAAAUGUCACAUAAAUGCUAAAUCAAACAUUUUUAAACAAUUCUCUGAACGUCUUCAAGCUUGUCUCAUGCUUCACUAUAUGACUCCACUUCCAUUUAUUGAACAUCUUCGUGCUCAACGUGAUUUACAGACGAUGAAGUUGAUUCGCCGUAAACUUAAGAAAAAUCAAUUACUUCUUCGAGAAACAGAUAAAGGUGGCAAUUUGUAUGUGGCUCAUUUAAAUGAAUUUGAAGAAAAAGCAGCUGAUUAUCGACUGAAAACAGGUGCCUAUGAAGAAUUAUCGUCGAGUCCCAUUGAAGAGAUUUUAAAUAAAGUCACUCGCUUACUCAAUGAUCUUCAUGCCAAGCCCAGUCAACUUUCACCUGCACAAUAUAAAAAAAUGAUACCAAGUCGAUUAACUGUCGAGUUAGCCUAUAUGUAUUACAAUCCUAAAACACAUAAGAAUCCAAUAACACUACGACCCAUUAUGAAUACGAUUCAUGCUGCCACUACUGGUAUAUCUCGAUUUUUAGAUCAAUCUAUUCGACCUUUGUUUGAUAAGCAUGCACAACCGAGACCAAUUAUUGAUGGUGGUCAUCUUCUUCGUCAAUUAGAACAAUAUGUUCGUAAUGGUCAUUUGAAGCCUACGACUCUAUUCUGUACAGCUGAUAUUACGAACUUAUAUACAAUGUUACCACAAGACGAGUCACUUAAAAUUCUCAAAGAAUUUCUUCUUGAACAUCAUUAUGAGAAAGUACAAGGUAUUCCAAUUGGAGUUAUUCUUCAAUUAGCUGAUCUUGUUCUCAAAGAGACUGCAUUUGUCGAUGGAAAUAAAUUCUAUCGACAAAUUAUUGGUGGUGCAAUGGGAUCCCCGUUUACUUUAACAUUAGCCAAUAUUUUCAUGUGGAACUGGGAAAAAAACGCCAUUUGUGAUGCAAUAGGACCGCAUGAAAUCUAUGGCCGAUAUAUUGAUGAUAUCUUCUUUACUUUUAAUGAACCAAAGGCAACAAUCGAAGAAGUCAUCAAGAAAGCUAAUGCCUUUCAUCCAAACAUUAAAUUAGAAGCUAAUAUUGGUAGUUGUGUUUCAUUUCUUGAUCUUCUUAUCAAUAAUAAGAAUGGUAUUUUAUUCACAUCUGUCUAUCAUAAACCAGCAGCCGAACCCUGUGUUGUACCAUUUAUUUCUGAUCAUCCACGUCAUGUAUUUUCGAAUAUUAUUCAAGCUGCUCUUCUUCGAGCUGUACGUUAUUCAACGACAUUGGACAUUUUUGAAAAGGAACGUCGUGCUAUUCGACUGAUGUUGCUCUAUAAUGGGUAUCCAUCCAGGUAUAUUGACACACAUUUCAGAAAAUUCUUUGGUCGCUCAAUGUCAAAAUCAUCUAUGAUACCGUUCAUCGGCAACGACAAUCAAUUUUUACUUAUGAGAAAUACUUUACUACCUAAACUCACUGUCAAAGAACGAGAAACACAACAUAGAAUUGCAGCUGUUACAUACGACAAAGAGAUUGACAAUCACAAUACAACCGAAGAAACAAAAACGAUCACUUCAAUUUCAAAACAAAAUAAGGCGAAUAAAUUCACAGACACUCUCUUUCUUCAUUAUACACAUGAAAAACGACUACAUAGCCUGAAACGUGAUAUACAUAAGAUUUAUUCAGAAAUAUUUCAACAUACAAUAGGCAUAGAUUUUCGACUAAUUGUUGGCCAUCGAAAUCAUCGUAGCACUGGACAUGAGUUAGUACAAAAAAGACCCCCUCCAACCAUGUUAAAACCAACCACACUUCCAAGUAAAAUUUUUCUUCUUUAUUCAAAACUUUAUCCAAACUUCAAUCUUACUCUGUUUCAGAUACCAUAA